UAAGAGANAAGAGAGAGAGAGAGAGAGAGAGAGAGAGAGAGCUUCAGAGCAGAGAAGAGCAUCAAUGGCGGGCAAUUCGGCAGUGGCCUUGGAAGAUGUGCCCUCCGUGGAUCUCAUGACGGAGCUUCUCCGUCGUAUGAAAUGCUCCUCGAAGCCUGACAAGCGCCUCAUUCUCAUCGGUCCACCCGGAUCAGGUAAAGGGACCCAAUCACCAAUCAUCAAGGAUGACUACUGCUUGUGUCAUUUGGCUACUGGUGAUAUGUUAAGAGCUGCUGUUGCUGCUAAAACUCCUCUUGGUGUCAAGGCUAAAGAGGCUAUGGAUAAGGGUGAACUCGUGUCUGAUGACUUGGUUGUUGGCAUCAUCGAUGAAGCGAUGAAGAAACCUUCUUGUCAGAAAGGCUUCAUUCUUGAUGGGUUUCCAAGAACCGUAGUUCAAGCACAAAAGCUUGAUGAGGUGCUUGACAAGCAAGGAGUGAAAGUUGAUAAGGUGCUCAACUUUGCUAUUGAUGAUGCUAUUUUGGAGGAGAGGAUCACCGGGCGAUGGAUACACCCAUCCAGUGGCAGAAGUUACCACACCAAAUUUGCUCCUCCAAAGACUCCUGGUGUUGACGAUGUAACUGGAGAGCCUUUGAUUCAACGGAAAGAUGAUACUGCCGCUGUAUUAAAGUCACGUCUGGAGGCAUUUCACAAACAAACCAUGCCGGUGAUCGAUUAUUAUGCGAAAAAGGGUCUUGUCGCAAAUCUGCACGCUGAGAAGCCUCCAAAAGAAGUCACAGCUGAGGUUCAGAAAGUGCUCUCAUAGAAUGAUAGGAGUUUCUGAGGCCCCGGUCACUACUUUUACUACUUUCUACUCCUUUUACUGUUGAAUUGUCUGAAAAUCUUUCUCAUUUGUUCUUCAAUUUUCGAACAUCCAUUUUCCGGCUGCUAUUAUCGAACUUUUUGAGCGCUGAACGAGUCGAGAAUCAUUAGAAAUAAAACGUUUGAUCUUCUGAUGAAAUGAUUGAGUUUGAUCUUAGAAAUC